CGGCGCUAAAGAUAUGCUUACCGAAUGAUACAGUUUUUGCGUUCGCUGUCUCCAAAUCGCACCUAGGCCACGAACUUCAUAUACUUUUGAUAUUCAUGAUUCUGAUCCUUAUUGUUGUCUUUUGCCACUCCCUCAUCCGAUUUUCAAUGGAGGUUUUGCGAGGUUCCAGAUCUGCUGUGGCUAUGAAUCGGAUACCAAGCAGGGCAGGGCCAACUGGCUACGCUCAGCCAGAGUAUCCCAUUCAAGUCAUUCUCGCUGGGGACGAGGAUAUUUUGACUGAAAACAAUGGUGCCAGCCGGAAGAAGGUCACGCCCCCACCUCCAGCGUAUGGCCUUUGGAGAAGUAGCGUGAGAAUUAAUCCAGACCUACUAUAUUGGCACCGCGUAGCCAGCAAUGCCCCCUCUUUGCCGCAACAUGCAAACGAGGCCCAAGGCUUGGGCGGCAAGACCCCAUUACCACGGCCCCCCAGCUACACUUCUGACAAUGGUAUCGAUUAUGUGAUUGAAGCACAACCCCGAUCGAUUACUCAAGGCCCUUCUGCUGAAUGACUCGGACGUCAAUGAUAGUCUUUAUGUGGAGCUAGUCGCCGCCUCAUCUGAUGUCGUUCAGCCUUUACGUUUCUACAAAAAACAAUUUCUUUGUCCGCCACAUCAUCACCAUUUGCAUAUCAGCUAUUAUUUUGUUAAGAUAUAUCAGGAGGUUCAUUGGGUGUUACAAUAUUUGUCUUGAGCGGGAGUUAUCGGGGCAGGAAAGCAACUAACCAUACAUAGCAGUGCUGGUCAGUCUAUAGCAUCAUGUUCAUCUUCUUCUCAUAUGUUUUUUUUUAUAGCGUUGGCCGUUCCUUAUUUCCUAAUUUUAUAUCUAUUUCACACUUUAUACUGUAAAAUGUGAAUGAAUGUAAAUAUUUAGUGCUCCGUAUCGAAGAUUUGUGAAUAUC